AGACUCGAAGUGGGAUCGUUACGGUUGCGGCUGGAGCCGGGGGUGGGUGGCUGGCUGGCGGAGAGCAACUGCCCGCGGGAGGAGGGGGAAGAAGAAGAAGAAGAAGAAGCUGCAGCCGCCAUUACACCCACCACCAUCCACCUACGCAGCGCGGCCUUGGGGGAGAGUGUUGGUGCCGGCGGGCCAGCGGGCGGCGGGGAAGUGAAGACCGAGCGGGUCUCGGCCGGGACCAAAGCUUGAACCGGGCGGGUUAUUUUAUUCCCCAGCACCGAGCCCGCCUGGGCCUGGGCCGGGAUCCGCCACCGCCACCGCCGCCCCCAUCGUUCCCGCUCUCGGGAGGGGAGGAGAAAACUGACCUUUUUAUGAGAGACACCCCCGUUUCGGUUUUUCUUUACAAGCCGUUUUAAACUCCAGUCACUCGUGAUGAUCCUGAGCUCCACCGGUCGCCAUGCCGAGGAGAACCGGGAAAACGCGCUCCCCCCGGGUGUGAAGGACACGAUAACAUGGGAGGAAGUGGGGCAACUUGUAGAAGCCCGGGAACGAAACUCACGCAAAGCUGCCGGCCAGGGCGGCAGGAAGGUGCUCGGGGUGCUGCAGAACAACUUGGAUUUGCAGCCUCACCUCAAGCCAGCUUCAACAUCAGGACUCUUCUGCAGCAAAGAUAACUCUGGCCCAAUACCCACAGGAAAAGCAACAAGCAAACCGGCAUUCACUAUCCAUGUGGAUGAACCUGAUGGUGCACCACAUCGAAGCACAAGCAGCGUUGCAGGAUCUGUCACAAGUUUGGCGCUAACUUCAAAAGUACUCUCAUUGGGAAGGUACCAGCCAUUGCCCUCUACUAAGCGUUCUGCAGAUGUUAGUUUUGAUUCACCGAUGGUGCUGGAUGAAUCAAUAUCUUCAUGUGAAGAAGAAAAACAGGCAAUUGCUAAUAAAUUAUCUGAAUAUGCAGACGAUAUACAUAACUACUUAAGGGAAAUGGAGUUGAAAUACAGACCCAAAGUGGGCUACAUGAAGAAACAGCCUGAUAUAACCAACAGUAUGAGAGCUAUUCUUGUUGAUUGGUUGGUGGAAGUUGGAGAAGAAUACAAAUUGCAAAAUGAAACACUAUAUUUGGCUGUAAACUAUAUUGACAGAUUUUUGUCAUCUAUGUCGGUCCUUAGAGGAAAACUCCAGCUUGUAGGAACAGCUGCCAUGCUGUUGGCUUCAAAAUUUGAAGAAAUAUAUCCACCUGAAGUUGCUGAAUUUGUUUAUAUAACUGAUGACACCUACACAAAGAAGCAAGUUCUACGGAUGGAGCAUCUCAUUCUUAAAGUUUUAUCGUUUGACUUGGCAGCACCAACAAUAAACCAAUUUCUUACUCAAUAUGUUGGCCGCACGAAAGCCAGCAGUAAAAUUGAGAGUCUAUCAAUGUACCUGGGAGAACUCAGCAUGAUCGAUUCUGAACCGUUUCUGAAAUACCCACCAUCUGUCCUUGCUGCAUCAGCCUUUUGUUUGGCCAACUAUACAAUAUCACAUUCUGGCUGGUGUAUGUCACUAGCUCAGUUAUCUGGAUAUGCUGUCAAAUACUUAAAGCCAUGUGUGACGGACCUUUACCAAAACUACCUCAAAGCACCAGAACAUGCACAGCAAGCAGUGAGAGAGAAGUACAAGAGCUCGAGGUAUCACUCUGUAUCGAUCAUUGAUCCUCCACUCUCCUUGGACCUGCUGUUUGUUCAGUGAUGCCAUCAUCUUUGCCAAGUGGUUAUUUUGCAUAUAUUUGUAGAACCUGGACACCUUUUAUGGACACAGCUUGUUAUUUUUGAGGACAAAUGUGGAUUUUCAACUUGCCACUACGUUUAGCACUGAAUAACUGCAAUCCAAACCUAUAGUAAUUUGCUGACUCGUACGGGAUAUUACAAGCAUUGUUUUAUACUUGUAUAUUUUUAUGAAUUAUGAAUAUGUGCAAUCCCUUUGUAUACAACUUUUAUAUUUAGAGCUGAAAUAACCUAGCCCAGAUUAGCCUACAGGGAAUUUUUUUCUUAAUUCACUGGAACUAUGUGCAUACAAUUUUUUUAAUUGAGUAUUAGGCAUCUUGAAACAAUGCCAUUUUAAGAUUUUUGAUAAUCCUAACUGACAUCAACUAAGAUGUGAAUUAAAAAUUCUAAGCACGUUAAAUGAGGCCAGCCUGUACAGUACACUAAUUUUGUAGAAUAUUGGAGUCUGUACUAAAGGGUAAAAUGCUGUAAUGGUUUAUAGCAAAUGAGGCCUGCUAUAAUAUGACCAAUAUUAUGUCAAAAUUUAAUCUUCACUAUCUAAACCGAGAGUCAACAUGCUCAAGAUGAAGAUUAGCUAUUUACUGCUUAUUUCAUUUCCCUAUUACCCACCAUUUGGAGUAAAAGGUCUUGAAGUGCUAACAUAUGUGAAUAAUAUUUUGUGGCUCAUAAGGAUAUUAAAUCUAAUUGCUUUGAACAAAAUGCUCACUUUUUUGACUUUUUGAAUAUUGCUUCAUGUGGUUUAAACAUUCUUGAUUCUUCCCUUUAUUUGCUUCUCAAGCUUAAACCAUAGCAUUUUCUCUUUCUAUUAUGGCAAAAGGGAAGUCUUUUCAUUUUUAAAAUUCAACCUUUGAUACCAAAACACCUGGCAUGUACAUUUUUGAGACAAAAUUUCAGUCCUCUUUGAGGUGGCAGCACUAAAUAUGCCUGAAUACCUAAAAUAGUAGUGGUAUGAUGGGAGCAGAAGAGUGAGUUCUGCCCCCAUGUCUAUUUGAAUAGCUUCCACAUGUGAAUUAUGAACCGGUGGUAAACUUAUAAACACAUUGGCUCUAAUAUCUGGUUUGAGUACGAGUGUCAGCUACUAGUAUUUUAAAGUAUUUCUGUACAACACUAUUAGAUAUUAUUUCUGCUGAAAAUGUAGACCAAUGAUUGGUGAUGAUCAUGGGUCCAGUGGAGGCGACCAGCGUGAUUGGUAGUCUGCUGGGGUCAAAUGCAUGAAGUUGCUGUGGCAUUGAAAAUUGGUUCAAAGAGGCAGAGCUAAGAUUACACAGGGAUACCAAUAAAGCAGAAUAAGGAGGAAAACUGAUUGGAUUUAUUUUACUAAAGGGGAGAGUUAUCUUGCACCUGGCAAUUGGUAAAACAUUUGUAAGUGCACAUCAACUUUUUGCAAAGAGAAUGAUUGCUGUUGGCUGCCAAUAGUAAAUUUCUAGACUAUUAAUCACUGUUAUAGCAACUGUUUUUAAUUUGUCUAUUUUGGCUAAAUGCAUAUUUGAAUGGACAAAUGCUUUUCAAUUUCAAGAACAUCAAGUAUUACAAACUGAUUAAUGUUUGAAUCUUUUGAACUUUCACUCCAUGUAAUCAAAAGUCUAAAUAUUGUGUUGGAAUUGAGUACACCCUUUCUGAUGUGAUGCAUGUUGGUUUUGAGUAAAAUUCUGUUAUUUCAUCCUUGCCAAAAUGCCUUGCCCCCACCUGUUGCCACCCAUCUGUCCCUACAGUUUAAUUGUAAGUGCUUGGUCAACUAUACUUGCUAUCCAGCACCUGAUCUUCCCUUGUAUUUUUUAACUUGCUAUGACUGCUUUUCAUCUAAUCUGUCUGAAUGUCUUGCUUUUCCCCCUAUUUGCAUUAAAUUGUAAUUGCUUGUA